AUGCUACCGACCACGUUAAAUGUUACACAGGAGGGCGAUAAAUACACCGUAGAGACGAUUACCACGUUCAGAAAGAAGACGGCCACUUUUCGCCUGGGGGAACCAUUCGACGAAGUCAGUAUGGGCGGCACGCCGAUCCGGGUAGGAAGUUCCCCUUCCAGGGUCUUAUACUGUCACAGUCGAUAGCCAAACUUGUCGGCGACGUUCUAUGUUUUGAACAGAGGAGUGUCAAGCCGACAAGUUCCUCCUGGAAGGUGGAGAAUGACAUAUUAACUACCGUACGUCCCUUCCAAAUAGUUUUUUUAUUUUUAUCCGUAUUUUGGCUGUCGUAAGUCACACUGAUUAACUAGCGUUAAUGCGUCGCCUUCCUUUUGCGCGACCUGUCCAUUCGAGAGCCACGGGCCUCAAGACAUUAGUCUGACUUGAGCUGUAGAAUGUUUUGCGAUCACCUAAUUUUGAUCAGCCCUUUUCAAGUUGCAUGCACGUUCGUGAUUUACUUUCUUUACAGACUAAACAUUCCGUGUCAUUUUAUUUUAGACGCUGAAGGUGGAGGAUGUCAUUGCGCACCGAGUAUACAGGCGGGCCUCAUAG